AUCUACAAUCGAUGCACAGGUUGUUGGAGGAAAAUACCCUUUUAAUAAUUCGACGAAUCUUAGGCUUCGGGGUUGUUGUUGUUCUUCUAAUAAUGAUUCAAAUAUAAGUAGUGCGGGUAAUAAUAAGUACUAUAUGAAUGGAUUUCAAAGGGCACAGGUUUUUGCUCCAGCGAAUCCGGUCUUGCUACAUGGUGCUGAGGAAACUAGUACUAGUAGUGCUACUAAGGACACUAAUCAUAGAGGAAGCCGUGGUGGAUUCUUUAACCAGGAUUUACAGGAUAAAAUCGUUGUAGCGGUUGAUGUUGAUGAAGUCCUUGGGAACUUUGUUUCAGCUCUCAACGAAUUUGUCGCGGAUCGUUACUCAUCAUACCAUUCGGUGUCUGAGUAUCAUGUAUAUGAAUUCUUCAAGAUAUGGAAAUGCUCAAGAGAUGAAGCUGAUAUCCGCGUCCAUGAAUUCUUCAAGACUUCUUAUUUCAAGACCGGAAUUCAUCCAAUUCCCGGUGCUCGACAGACUCUUCAAAAGGUGUCUAGAUUCUGUAACCUAUCAAUUGUGACGUCCCGGCAAAACGCCAUUAAAGAUCACACGAUUGAGUGGAUUGAGAGGCAUUAUCCUGGAUUAUUUCAGGAUAUUCACUUCGGCAAUCACUUUGCAUUGAAUGGGAAGUCUAUAGCCAAAUCAGAUAUGUGCAGGUCCUUGGGAGCAACUGUUUUGAUUGAUGACAACCCGAGGUAUGCUAUCGAGUGUGCGGAAGUUGGAAUCAAGGUUCUUCUUUUUGAUUAUGAAAAUUCAUACCCAUGGUCCAAAAGUGAGUCACUUAAUGGGCACCCCAUGGUUAAGAGAGUGCACAACUGGGGAGAAGUGGAGCAUCAAUUAGCUUCAUGGAUAGUUCCCAGAAAUUCCUCUCCAAAGUAGACUCGGAAAAAAAGAGAAUAAAAUGUAAGAUUUGUAUUCUAUUUGACUUCAUAUUUGGAAAGCAAUGGUAAACCUGGUGAUCAAAGGGUCAAGCCUCUGCUGUUAAGAAGUUGGUAAACACGUUUUCUUCCAUUUUGCCUUUCUGCUCUGUACAGAUAUAAAAUCCGUCGAGUGUUAGUAACGAGACUUAUUUAAAUAGGUUAGAGUCGAUGCCUGGACGGUCUCACUGUACUUGCAAUCCAUAAAGAUAAAGACGAUAUUCUUGAAAUUUAUUUUCUAGUUGAAGUA